CCGUCCUCCUCCUCCUCCUCCUCCUCUUUCCUCACUGCCCUUGGUCUCCUCCUUCCCUUCCCUCCUCCUCCUCCUCCUCUCUCUCUCUCUCUGUGUCUCCCUGGAAGAAGAAGAUUUGCUGAAAGAGAGUGGAAGACCAUUCUCUCUGUAGUUUGAAGCGAGGCAGGAGAAAGCCAGAGGAUUCUCACACCCCUCACCACAAGCCAGAAAGCUUAGACAGCUGGGCUGUCCUUGUGGCUUUCUCGCGUGAACCUCCGAAACGAGACAAGAACCUCUUUCUCUAGGCGAGCAUCUUGGUAUCUUUAGCGUCUUCUCCUAAGGCUUUUGUCCCAAUGGGUAUGCGGGUCGUUGCUUGCUUCCUUGCUGUGGUGAUGUUGCUGAGGUGCUCGCCCGCUCAGCAGCCCAACACAGAUGAGUUCUUUGUCGCGGAUUUCAUCCGGAAGAUGGGUGUGGAGGCUGCUUCUCUCAGCGAUGGCUCCUCUUCUUCAGUUUGCUCUUGGAAAAUGGUCUUGUGUGAUGAGCGGAAGGAGAAAGUCAUCGCCUUGUUGGCUUCCGGCCUCGGGCUCUCCGGCUCCAUCCCGGAGAACACCAUUGGAAAGCUCAGCAUGCUGCAAACUUUGGAUCUCAGUUGCAAUAACAUCACUGGUCUCUCUUCGGAUAUUUGGGGACUCGGCAGAUCUCUCAGGAGCCUCAAUCUUUCUUCCAACCAGAUUAAGGGGUCUCUUCCAAACAAUCUCGGGAAUUUUGGGGAAUUGGAAAGCCUGGACCUUUCUGACAAUGUCUUCUCCGGCCAGAUGCCGGUAGCAUUGGGCUCACUUUCGAGCUUGAGGUUUCUCAAUUUCAGUGGCAAUCGGUUCGAGGGGAUCAUUCCGGAUUCGUUUCUUGGCUGUAGGUCUUUGGUUUCCAUCGAUCUCUCGAGCAAUAGACUGAAUGGGACUGUGCCAGAUGGUUUCAGUGAUGCAUUCAGAAAUUUGAGCUUCUUGGAUCUUUCUGGGAAUGAGAUUAAUGGAAGGCUGCCGGACUUAUCAGGGCUACAUUCCAUCACCUAUCUCAAUCUCUCAGGCAAUUCAUUUCAGGGUUCGGUUCUCGGGGUGUUUCGGGAGCCAAUGCAGGUCAUAGACCUCAGUAACAACCAGUUCCAAGGCCACAUCUCUCAGGUAAACAUCAGCUCCAGCUACAAUUGGUCUUCGUUAGUUUAUCUUGAUUUGUCUGUGAAUGAAAUCAGUGGAGAGUUCUUCAGAGAUUUGGGCCGAGCCAGGUCGCUGAGACACCUUAAUAUUGCAUUCAAUAGGUUUUCUCAUCAGAAUUUCCCUAUGCUAGAGCAGCUUUCUGGUCUGGAAUAUCUCAAUUUGUCAAAAACCAGCCUGACUGGCCAAAUUCCAGCUGAAAUCUCUAAAUUGGUUAGCUUGAAGACACUAGACCUUUCACAUAAUCAUAUAACUGGCCAUAUUUUUGAUUUGAGCAACAAAAAUAUACAAGUUCUGGACCUUUCCAUGAACAAUCUCACUGGCGAAAUACCCGCGCCUCUGCUAGACAAGUUAUCCAACAUGAUGAGUUUCAACUUCUCCUACAACAACCUUACACUUUGUGCUGCUAAAUUCUCACCCCAAGCAUUUAACACAGCAUUCAUCGGAUCCCAAAAUGACUGCCCAAUCGCAGCAAAUCCAGAUCUUAUCCGAACAAAGGGAGCGAAGCAUAAAGGGCUCAAGCUAGCAUUGGCCAUUACUUUAUCAGUUUUCUUUUUGAUAACAGGGUUAGCGUGCCUUGCUUUCGGAUUCCAAAAGAGAACCAGAUCAUGGGCAGUUAAGCAACUCUCAUACAAGGAGGAACCAGCUGUUUCAGGCCCAUUCUCCUUUCAGACGGAUUCGUCAACCUGGGUUGCUGAUGUCAAGAGUGCUACCUCAGUCCCUGUUGUCAUAUUUGAGAAGCCAUUGCUGAACUUUACCUUUGCCGACCUCUUGACUGCAACUUCACAUUUCGAUCGGGGAACUUUGUUAGCCGAGGGGAAGUUCGGUCCAGUCUAUCGAGGCUUUCUACCAGGUGGAAUUCAUGUAGCCGUGAAGGUUUUGGUUCAUGGAUCUACAGUGACGGAGCAGGAAGCUGCAAAAGAGCUCGAGAGGCUUGGUCGGAUCAAGCAUCCGAAUCUAGUCCCUUUAACAGGUUAUUGCUUAGCGGGAGAUCAGAGAAUUGCAAUAUAUGAUUACAUGGAGAAUGGGAAUCUGCAGAAUUUGCUUCAUGACCUGCCAUUAGGAGUGCAGGCAAUUGAGGAUUGGAGCACUGAUACAUGGGAAGAAGAUACUGGAACUAUCCAGAACAUCACAACUGAAGGGAUGACUACUUGGAGAUUUAGGCAUAAAAUUGCACUUGGAGCAGCGAGGGCAUUGGCUUUUCUCCACCAUGGAUGCUACCCCCAGAUUGUUCACAGAGAUGUGAAGGCAAGUAGCAUCUAUCUUGAUUCAGCAUUGGAGCCUAGAUUAUCUGAUUUUGGAUUGUCAAGGAUUGUUGGAGCUAGCUCGGAGGAUGAGAUAUCUCGGGGAUCGCUAGGCUAUGCUCCUCCAGAGUUCUCGGAGUCAGAAAAUGUCUUAGCAACUACGAAGUCUGAUGUAUAUGGCUUCGGUGUUGUGCUUUUUGAGCUCAUUACAGGGAAGAAACCGCUUGGAGAUGACUAUCAUGAAGAGAGGGAGACUACUCUUGUCAGUUGGGCUCGGACAUUGGUAAGGAAGAAUCAGGCCUCAACGGUCAUUGACCCUAAGAUUCGGGAGACUGGAUCGGAGACACAAAUGGAGGAAGCACUGAGGAUUGCUUAUCUGUGCACUGCUGACCUACCAUCAAAGAGACCUUCCAUGCAGCAAAUAGUUGGGCUCUUGAAGGACAUCGAACCCAAAGCAGCUGAUCACUGAAAUGGAGAAUGAGAGUUGGCUUUGCUCUCCUCUAGCAAUCUUCCAGUGGAAGGAGAUGUACAAUGGUUCCGAACUAUUUCUGAACUGUAGUUCUUGCUUUCAAUUUUCUGGUUGAGUUUCAGAAGAAGCUUUACAUUUUGCCGUUGGCUUCUUUCCUCUA